AUGCGGCCUCCUUGGCCCGGAAUUGAACCCGGUACGCCAGACAAACCUUUCCUGCGGCAAGCUCACCACCACCACCAUCGGUUCCUGGAUCUUUGCACCGCAACACCUUGGCCGCUAGCCUACCGAGAUCAACUCCAACUGCUGCUUGACAUGACGCUGCGCUGGAUUCUGGAUUUAGGAGCCAAUGGAGAUAAGAAAAAGUAUCAGCAGCGCAUCCGUUUGCUGCGCAUCGGCGUCUUCAUGCUGAUGACCAUGGGCUUCCUCUAUCAGGCCUCCAAAGUAGUUGAGGAGUAUCUCAGCUAUCCAAGCGCCGUCGAUGUUCGCAUUGAGGGCACCGAGGUGCUCCUCUUUCCUGGCCUUUCCGUCUGCGUCACCAACUGGGUUAGCAAGACCAAGCUCUGCGAGCACUACCCGGAUUUCUGCGAUACCAACACAACUGACGUGGAAGAGCUGAAAAAAUUACUACUGACCGGCGGCAAACUUGGAGAUAUUGCUCACAGCUCGGAAGACGUUCUGCAGAUCGGCUUUGUGAACCCGACGCAGUAUUUCUUCGAGUUUUACCUGAGCCCAAACGUUACUCGACAGUCAUACUCCCGGCUGCCAAGUCAGAUGUGCUACACUAUGAAUUGGAGGCACGACACCAAGAUCGAAACAGUCCACCAGAACGUCUUGGCCUUCGAGAUGAACGUGCUGUUUGCCUGGCCCGAAGACGAUCUCAUACAAUUGGACGAAUUCGAAAUGAACCUCGGCUUUCACCACGUCGACACAAACACCGCGGGAAAGAAGCACGCCAUGGCUUUUAAGCCUUCGGGUGACUUCGUCUUCGGAAUUGUGCAGGAGGGAGUCGUAUCUCUGCCUGCGCCCUUCGCCACCAAGUGUGACAACUACAGCCGGUAUCUGCGCCUACCGAACUUCAAAGUCAAGUAUUCAAAAGAGAUAUGCUACGAAGAAUGCCGGAAGGAGAUAACGCGGGAAGUCUGCGGAUGCAUUCCAAAUGAUUACGCAUGGCGAAAUCAGAUAAGCGAUAAGGUCUGCGAUUUACAAGAAACUUCCAACUGCGUUCACGCCGAUGGCAGAGCAAUGUACAGCGUAGUCUGCAAUGACCGCUGUCACACAGCGUGCAGGGAGACGAUCUACAAAGCGACCCAGUCGGCAUGGAAACAAGUAACCAGCAUGUCUAUGGAGGGGCUCACCUACGUCAAAGUACGUGCGCUAAUGACGUCAAGGAGCGUCGACGCACUGCACUUCAUUCCACUGUUAACGGGCACACAGGUACUGGGCCUUGUGGGAGGCUACUCUGGUUUCUGGAUGGGCGUGGCUAUUGUGGUUGGGGCCACCGAAAGCGUGCGUGUCGUGUUCGACUUCUGCCGCCGACGCGUCCGCGGACGGCUCCGCAAGGCUGAGAUCACAUUCCUGUUCCGCGUGUGCAAGAUGCUGAUGGUGCAGGGAUGCUUCGUGGCGUGCGCGUUCAGCAUCUACUGGGAUUACGAGAACUACCGACACUUCUACACGGCCGUCACCUACGAGCAGCAGAACAUUCGAGGCGUCUUCUUCCCCGCCGUGACCAUCUGCUCAUACGAAGCGGUGAACUUCACCAGGAUGUGUACAGAGUACGGAAGAUACAACAAGUGCGUCGCUGCUACUUUUGAUACGACAGUGGGCAACGAUAUAAUAGCCAUGAAGUACGUCAUCAACUACACUUAUCCUCCGACUGACGUCUUUUCAAAUUGCACCAUGACCUUCUCCGGAGAGAUCUGUGAAAGCUUUAAGUGUGACAACCUGUGGGAUCCCACGUACACGUUUGUGAAGACUGGUGUUUGCUUCAUCCUUAACAUCGGAAGGUCACCGGAACUUCAGAGGUGUCAAGAGCAGUACAAAUACCGACUCAACUUCCGUGUUCGCGCGGACACCAAGGAUCCUCGGAACGAGAACAUGGCCUUCUCGGCGUUGGUGCACGCCUCCAGCAGUUACACUUCCGGAAUCAUCCACACCUUCCGCUUCCAGGCUGGCCGGAAGUACACCAUCUCCGUCGCUCAGACAGAGAUGGUCUCGUUGCCGCUACCUUACGAGACGCGUUGCAUCGACUACGAAGCUACGGCGGACGAAUCUUUGUACGACGAGAAAGAGAUUCAAGAAGAGGAGUGCAGCGAGUUCUGCGUGGCACAAAGGUGGAUUGCGACCUGUGGCUGCUUCUCCAAAAUGUACGCCGUCAAGCAUCGCAUGAGAGGAACAGUGUGCGAAUAUGUGCCACAUAUGCGUUGCAUCGACGAACUCAUCCGUCAGAAGUGGUUUGUAUCCUGUCAGAACGAGUGCACCAGAGGAUGCAAAGACACUCGUUAUAGAGGCCUGAUGUUUCAAACCGGAUUCAUCGAGGACUACGUGAGAUACGAAAACCUCGAGGCAGACCUCACGGUGGUCCUCGGCUCCACGAAGCGCAAGAUUGUCAGCAACCUGCCAAGAAUGACGAUGGCCGACUUCCUUCUUUACCUGUCCGGCCACGUGAGCAUGUGGUUGGGCGUGUCACUCAUCGCCGCAGGCCCCUUGGUGGUGGAAGGGGUCAAGUACUUGCAGCGGUUGUUCAAUGCCUUCGCCACCUCCAUGGGCUUCGUCAUGGACUAGUGAC